AUGUUCGCGCUCGGCGCAUCCUCGGGUGAAGACUUUUCAAGUGAGCAGACAGGCCUGAUACAACCUACUGCUACCCAACUGAAAAAGCAAGAAGCAAGGCUCAACUUUGGCGGUUCAUCAGGCGCGGAUGAGAAGACACUUCUACAGACCCACAAAGCGUUGGCUGACCCUGCUCGAAGACCUUUGAAGAAACAAACACCAUUCAAGGAGGAUUCGAUUACUCCUGAAAUUGUCACGGAGGAGCAAGCAUUCGACGAUGCUGUGUUCGAGACGGAUGAGGACGAGAUUCAUGAGAGUGCUAUUGACGACGAUGAUUCUUCGGAAUGGGAGGAUUCAGUCGAGGACAGUGGAAUGGCCGGUAUCGACGAGAAGACCUUCCAGCGCGUCGAUCCGAGACCGAACUUGAGCUCGCACCGAUCCUUGAUCACCACUAUGCUUCAUCAGAAUGACAGAGCAAAUGAGUUUACUUCUUCCGCUACAGCUUCGACGUCAAAACCUGCUCAUUGCCGUCCGCGUACAUCCUCUCCUAAUGGACCAUCUCUCGCAGCCUCGCCAGACUCUGUCGACGCCACUCCUCUCAUGAUAGGGAAAGGUCCUAAGCCAACCUCCGAGAAUUCUCAAUCAACAGCUCAACCCAUCGUUCGGACUACAAGCACUACCCUUCAUCAGCUCGCUCUCUCUCGGCGAACAACUCGCCGAAACAUGCUCAGUUCCGAACUCACUGUCAGUCUUCGCCAAAACUUACUCUGCGCGCGAAAAGCGGUCUCCAUCCGUAGUCACACUGCGCGCGAUGAAGCCAACAUGAAGCAGGUUCAGAGGUGGUUGUGCAUGGACGAUAAGGAUGAUGGCGACAAAUCAAAAUGGAAUGAUUAUCAUUAUUAUGGUCAGGGCUUAGAUUACCAUUCCAGGGGAUGGUAA